AUUAGCGAUGUCCGAACAGUCAAUUUCUAUCCCAGAAGAGUACAAGUCGCAGCUUCGCUACGUUGACGCAAAGGAUAAACGCACCGAUGUCGAAAUAGUCGCCUCUCUGACGAAACAUGCACCCAUCACUUCCGAGAAGAACAUAUGGACGUAUUGGCACUCCGGCAUUCAAUCUAUGCCGAGCUGGUGCCAGCGCAACAUCAUUAACUGGGUGCGCCUUCAUGGCUCCGACUGGACCGUACGAGUGCUCGACACCGUUCCUGGGUCACCCAACCAUGCAUUGACGUGGAUCGCACCUGAAGAGCUACCCGAAGCCUUCGUCUCAGGAACGAUGACCGGGCCGUAUGUUGGACCUCAUAGCGCGGACUUCCUACGUGGUGCAGCGCUGUAUGCAUACGGCGGUGCUUGGAUGGAUGUUGGAAAUGUUCUAUUUCGGAAUUUGGACAAAGUUUGCUGGAAUCAGCUUGCGGAUGAGAAUAGUCCUUACACUAUUAGUAUUCCGUGGAUGUUCGAACAGUAUACGGCGAACCACUUUGUUGCAUCCAGAAAAGGCGAUCUGUUCAUCAAGAAGUGGCAUGACCUCUUCGUCCACCUCUGGAAAGGUCGCACUGAUUUCACUGGUGUGAUACAAUCACCCCUGAUUGCGUUCAUGAAAGACUUCAAGUUCGCCCAAGCAGAGGCGCGUGGCUUCAAGUGGGACUUCAAGGUCGAUGAGCAGACUGUGAUGGGAUACACUGGGCAAUGCCUUGCUUGGAUCCGCCUAACUUGGCUGCAAGAACCUAACGGGGGCUUUGAUGGUGUCCAUUACUGGGCUAAUAAGGUUCUAGUAUUUGAUGUCGGGCUAGAGGAUUUCCCUGCCGAGCAGAUUGUGGGGUACAAAGGCGAAGAUCUGUUCAAAGUAUUGAUCACGAG